UGGUUUGAAGAAAAACAGCAGCAAGUUGAAGCUUUGGAUCUUCAACUGCGGAAGUUACAUUCCAGUAUUGAGACUCUUUCACAGCAUCGUAAAGAACUUAGCCUGAACACAGCUGCUUUUGCUAAAAGUGCAGCCAUGUUGGGGAAUGUUGAAGAGCACACUGCGCUGUCCCGAGCCUUGUCCCAGCUGGCAGAGACCGAGGAGAAAAUUGAAGUGUUACACAAAGAUCAGUCUGACGCUGACUUCUAUAUCAUGGCUGAACUGAUGAAAGACUAUGUUGCAUUGAUGGGAGCUGUCAAGGAUGUUUUCCAGGAGCGAAUUAAGACCUAUAAAAUGUGGAAGGAUGCGGAAACUACAUUAGGAAAGAAACGUGAGAACAAAACAAAGCUGGAAAUGCAGAACAAGAUGGAUAAAAUUUCACAAGCUCAGGCAGAAAUAACAGAGUGGGAGCAGAAGGUUGAGAAGGGGCAAGAAGACUUUGAGAAAAUAUCUCGGAACAUCAAAAAGGAAGUGGCUCGAUUUGAGAAGCUGCGGGUCAGUGACUUCAAGGACAGUGUCAUAAAAUACCUGCAGGUUCUCAUGGACAAUCAAGAAAAGCUCAUCAAGUAUUGGGAAGCUUUCCUGCCAGAAGCGAAAGCGAUAGUCUAG